CCCCCGCGCCCGGCGCGGCCCCACCGGCGGAGCGGAGCCGGCGCCCGUCGCCGAGAUGGACAACAACGUGGUCCUCGUCAGCGAUUCGGACUCGGAGGGCGCCCCCUCGCCGCCGCCCCAGCCCUGCUGCUCCCGCCACUCGCUGCCCGGCCCCGCCGUGAGUCCCGCGGCUCCCGCCAGGCACGGCGCCGCUGCCGCACACAAGAUGGCGGCGCUGCCAUGGCGGGCAGGGACGGGAGGCGCGCACGGACAAGCAGCCUCGGGGGCAGUGGAGGAGGAGAUCAUUGACCUGACCUGUGAGGAUGCAAACACAUACCCGACGCCGUCAAGCAGCCUCGCCGUCAUUGACCUGACUGAGGACAUGUGCAGCCUUCUCCAGUCCACCCUUGGUGCUGCUCAGAACUCCAGAAAUGCUGCCCCAGCUGCACACAUGUCCCAUCCCCAACUCUGCCCCACUGUAGAAAAAGAAACACAGGCAGUGCCGGAGCCGAGCCCUGCACCAGCAUUACACAAUGCUUCUGAGAAGCUCAGUUCCAGCAUGGUCACAGCAGAAACCAUGGAGAACUGCAGAUGCCUUUCUCCUGACUCUAGGCGCCACAGCUGGAGCCUGGAGCAGGAUUACAGCACUACUGCCUUUAACAGCAGCUUGGACUCACAGUCAGACUCAGACUGCCAGUCCCCAUCUCCCCCCAGCCUGGACAGCAACAGCAGCAUGAGAGCUGAUGACCCAGAGGAGGAUCCUCCUCGGCCCUGCCCAGAAAGGAACCUUCCCCCAAGGCUGAGCCCUGCCCCAACCCUUCUUAUAACACCAGGAAAGGCCCAAAGGUCUUUGCCAGAAGCAAGUGACUUCCCAGCACACCAACCAAUCCUGCAAGCCACCCCAGCCAUGACUGAUGCUGACAGCAAGGCCUUGCUGGAUAAACUGCACAACUUCAGCAGGAAUGGAAUCCAGCACCUCUUCCUCCAAGGCAUAGCACCCAACAGGGAAACACAGAAGCAAAAACCUGGGCUCAUCCCCAGGGGGAAGCUGAGCAUGGUGCACACCACCAUGGAGGAGAACAGCCUGGAGGGUACCUUGUAUUUCCUGAACGAGUUUGUCUCCUGCCAGCACCGCCCCCCCAAAGAAAUCAUCUGCCACCUGAUCAAACAGAUGCUGUUGGACACCUACGAAGGGGAGAUCCUCAAUGACAUCUACACACUGCUGAUGAAGAUCCAAAUGCUCCAUCCAGCCAACAUCACCACAGUGGGAUGGGACUGGACAUUGGUGAAAUUCAUCAUGGAGCAGCAGGUACUUGGCACCUUGUGUGUCAUGGGGCAGGGAUCAUCCAGCACACGCUGCCUGAGGGAGAAGCCCCCUGGCUGGCUCCUCUUCCUGCAGUACGUGGUACAGACCCUGGAGGAUGACUUCCAGCACAAUCUGAAGUCCUACCAGCUGCAGAAGUCAAUUGCCAAGAAAGUGCUUUCAUGUGACUUGUGCUUCAACAAUGUCAAGGAAGUGGUCAAUUGGUUGGUGGCAGCAGUUACAGGAGUUGGGUUCUCCCAGCCCCGGAAACAGCUACAAGAAGCCAGGGCUGAACACAGCUCAUCUUCACCAAGGCUGGCCAGCACCAAGACAGCUCAGAAAGAAGAGGCCCAGACAGCUUUCUUUGUCCAAAAGAUGAUGCUCCUGCUCCAGCGGAUGUUGGCCAUGGCAGUGGAAGUGGACAGAUCUCCCACCUGCAGCUCCCGUAAGAUUGCAGACGACAUUUUCCCGUUCAUACUGAAUAUCCCCCUGAGGAGCCAAAGGGAAGCUUUAUUAAACACCAUGGAGAACCAGCUCCUGCGCUGCAGACUGCUGGAGCUGCUAUUCCAGCAUAGUUGUGACAUGCCCACAACCUCAGCCAUGUCUCUGGACAAGGUUCUGUAUUUCCUGAGCCACUCCUCUGUGCUGCCACAAUUCCAGGAUGAAACAGCAACAUGGCAAAGGUGGGAUGAGAUGCUGCAGUACUUGAGUUUGCUGCUGCUGAGUUACCAUAGUGUAAAACUGGAGCACCUGCGGACCUCCGUCAGUGACCGGAUGAAACUGAUUGCUCAGAAAGCCAAGCCCAGGCUCCAGGACAGUGAUGACAUCAGCCAGCUGGACAUUCAGCUGAAGAUGAACGACUUCAUCACCAGAAUGCAGAAGACCCUGGGGGAGCCUUUUCCCCCACAAAUCCAGGAGAAAUUGUUCAUGCUGCAGGAGUUGUUCUUCAUUGUCACAGCUGCCUGAUGGAGACAACCACUGCAGCAAGGGGGACAAAACUUUGUGUUCUCAAUAUAAACCCCCCCCAUCUCAUACUGCACUGUCAGCAUCAUGGGGUUGGUUUAUACAGUUCUUUUGAAAGACUUUUGGUUUACAUUGUCUCCAAAUUUCCAUUCAAGUUUGCCUUGUUGUGCAGUUUUGCAAAGCACUUUAUACACUUUAAAAAAUGAGUUUUUUUCAUGUUUGCCAAGACACUUUUGUCUUGAUGCCAGCACUGCCCAGAGGAAGUAUUUGCCCCCACAAAUCCAGGAGAAAUUGUUCAAGCUGCAAGAGUUGUUCUUCACUGUCACUGCUGCCUGAUGGAGACAACCACUGCAGCAAGGGGGACAAAACUUUGUGUUCUCAAUAUAAACCCCCCCAUCUCAGACUGCAAUCUCAGCAUCGUGGGGUUGGUUUAUACAGUUCUUUUGAAAGAUGUUUGGUUUACAUUAUUUCAGAAUUUCCGUUCAAGUUUACCUCAUGCAAUUUUACAAAGCACUUUGUACAUUUAAAAAAAUAAAUUCUUUUCAUGUUUGCUAAGAA